GUCGCCUGAGGAGGAAGUGACGCCAGAACGCGCGAUUAUAGCCGUAUGUACACUUUCCCAGGCAGGGGGUAGGCGUGCUGAGGUUAUUGACAAGCUGCAUUUCAGAGUGCUAACCCAGAGCUGCCGGGAUGAGGACGGGUUAAAGACGGGUUAAAGACUGGUUAAGGACGGGUUAAGGUACUGACACUGGCUCUGAUAUGAGACACUGAAUGCGCGUUCAUGUGUGACUCGUUGUCCUGAAGCUCAGUGAAGGAGAGCUGCUGUGUUAUUGAGCAGUGUGUGGCUGAAAGGUGUUGAGCACAUGAAGGGCUUUCGGUGUGCCCUAGCUAGGGGACCUCUUCUUCUUCUUCUUCUGCUUCUUCAGUACUGCAGUGUUGAGGGUUACAGAGUAACACUAAGCGCACGUGCGUUUCCGCACCGAAACAUUGUGACGGAGUGACGUCACUGUCACAGUGCUUCGUUAAUUCAUACACGCAGGAAGUUUGGUAGAAGUUUUGUCUUGUGUGAGUGGAUGAAUGGAUGAAUGAGUGAAUGAGUGAGUGAAUGGAUGGAUGGAUGGAUGGAUGGAUGAAUGUUGUAGUUAAGUUCCUCGUGCAUGCCUCCAUAGCAGGACCCAGGAGGAGACUGUGAACAUAAUCACACUUUUUAUUCUGGACUCGAGUGGUGCAGCUUACACAGAGAAUAUCACACACACACACACACACACACACUCGCGCAAACAUGGCCAAACCCGAGCCGAAGAAGAGCAGCAGCAGCAGCUUGGGCUUUGGGAACAAACCUGCCUCGGAGGAGCUGGAGGUCAGUAACGGCCCUGCAGAGCCGCCGGUAACCGGAGCCGCGCACGAGCCCGGUGGCAGAAGCAAACCUGGCAAACGGAGCACCGAGAGCGAAGUGUAUGAUGACGGAACCAACACUUUCUUCUGGAGAGCUCACACCCUGACCGUCUUAUUCAUCCUGACAUGCGCUUUGGUUUAUGUGACCCUGCUGGAGGAGACUCCACAAGACACAGCGUACAACACCAAGAGAGGGAUUGUGGCUAGCAUUCUGGUCUUCCUUUGUUUCGGAGUAACGCAGGCGAAAGAUGGCCCUUUCUCACGACCACAUCCAGCAUACUGGCGCUUCUGGCUCUGUGUCAGCGUUGUGUAUGAGCUGUUCCUCAUCUUCAUUCUUUUCCAAACGGUGCAGGACGGACGGCUGUUUAUGAAGUACAUCGACGCGAAGUUGGGUGUUCCUCUACCAGAGAGAGACUAUGGAGGAAACUGUCUUAUCUAUGAUCCCGGAAACACCACUGACCCCUUCCACAACAUCUGGGACAAAAUGGAUGGCUUUGUUCCUGCCCAUUUUCUUGGUUGGUACAUUAAGACCCUGAUGAUCCGAGACUGGUGGAUGUGUAUGAUAAUCAGUGUGAUGUUUGAGUUUUUGGAGUACAGUCUGGAGCAUCAGUUACCGAACUUCUCAGAGUGCUGGUGGGACCACUGGAUUAUGGAUGUGCUUGUGUGUAAUGGUUUGGGCAUAUACUGCGGCAUGAAGACGCUCGGCUGGCUUUCGAUGAAGCCGUACCAGUGGCAAGGCCUGUGGAACAUUCCCACAUACAAGGGGAAGAUAAAGCGCAUCGCAUUCCAGUUCACUCCGUACAGCUGGGUGAAGUUCGAGUGGAGGCCAGCGUCUAACCUGCGCCGGUGGCUGGCGGUGCUCGGCAUCAUCUUCAUGUUCCUGCUGGCCGAGUUAAACACUUUCUAUUUGAAGUUUGUGUUGUGGAUGCCACCUGAGCAUUACCUGGUGCUGCUGAGACUUGUGUUCUUCGUUAACGUGGGCGGAGUGGCCAUGAGGGAAAUCUACGACUUCAUGGACGACCCGAAGUUCCAUAAGAAGCUGGGCCAGCAGGCGUGGCUUGUGGCAGCCAUCACAGUGACUGAGUUUCUCAUUGUAGUGAAGUAUGACCCCAAAACCAUCAUGCUACCGAUCCCCUUCUUCAUCACACAGUUCUGGAUCCUCGGCAUUGUCCUGAUCCUCACGUGGACACUAUGGCGCUUCUUUAUCCGCGGUAAUGUCCAUGUGCAGUGAGGGAGAGGUAGGUGGAGAGUGACAGCUGGUUGUUGUGCCAACAUCACCUUCAUCUGUCAUUCUCACCAGGCUGCUCUUCCCCCCCUGCAUGCCAGAUAAGCCAGACUUCAACUUCUGCAUCUUCGUGUCUGCAAGCGUUUACACACCAGCUUAUGUUUAGUGUGUGCACAAGAGGGGCUGUGUGACCUUUAACAAAAAAGAAACUCUCUAACAGUCAGCGGUUUUAAUCGUGGGCUUUAGCGGUCUGUCAGGACAAAUAGAAGUGACACAAAGUCAGCGUGACUGCUACGUCCAUCAUAGUUGAUCUUUUUUUCUGCUUUGUUUUAAUGUCCGUCUAGCUGAAUCUGACACACAGAAGAACGCAGUUCUGCAUCCAUGACAGUUAAUUACAAUUAAUAUUUAUUACAGUUAAUUAUCUUUUCUCCAGGAAAAUAUUUGUAUGCGAUUUGAGCGCUCCGGUUUGCGAGUAACCCGUUGCAGGAGAAAUUUUUAAUGUUCAUUAAAAAGAAAGGAAAACUCUUAACAUUCUUAAGUGUUUAAAUGACUUCAUAGGACUUCCUUCAUCCUUCAUACAUGGUGGGAUCAGCUGAGCGGGAGUUUAGGAACAUAACUUCCUGCCUUCAUGGUAGGCUUGUGAGAUUGUGUCUAAUAUGCCGUUAUCUUGUCGUGCCUAUCAUCGUUACUGAUGAUAUCGCAUGUGGCUUUGUAGGCUGCAGUGAUGCUGAGGGAAAACAAGAAGGGGGCAUGGCCAGACAAACGUAUCGCGCCCUGUGUACGUGUUACGUCAUUAAAGCGUUAAAACAAAACUUUAGCAAGCUUUAGCGUUUAGUCAGGCUUUUUUUUUAUUAAUUAUCUGUUUCUCAAGGAAAACUGAAGGCAGGACUGUAAAAAAAAAAAAAAAAAAAAAAAAAAAAAGUAAUGAGUUAGUAGCUGUAACUAAAUUAUAAAUUUGAAAUGAAAUUAUAUAAACUACACGUGCAUGUGGUCUGUGGUGAACAGCAGUGGAGAUACUGAAAUCUUAUAUUGAAAUAUCUGAUAUUGAAAUCUGGAAUGGUGACGUCACUCUGAUAAACACACAGUUUCUUUUUUUUUUAAUUUUAAAUCUCUUCAUGUUUUGUGAGAGGAAAUGUUCAUGGCUUUAUCAGUUCACAAGGGAAGCUGUUUUGUUGCUCUGCUCUGGAGUCAGACAGCAGGUUAUUAAGGAUUGUAUAAGAUAAAAAUAUAUAUAUACAUAUAUAAUAGCUGAAAAGUAAACAAUUUAUUUUUUGUGGGUUUUGAAACUGCAAACACAGCUCUGAAAAACUCAGACUGACAUUUAAAUCAUCAAACUUGAUAGACAUUGGACUCCCGUAGAGAUCCCGAUACUAUCGUCAGUCGUCCCAAACCCACUCCAUGGGCUACACUUACCCACAAUCCUUUUCUCUGAAACUAUGCAGAAGUAUAACUCUGGCCUUAUACAUUCAAGCUUCCUAUAUUUUUCUAUGUUUUUGCUGUCUUUCUAUUUCUCACGACUCUAUCUACCUACCUACCUACAGUCAGGUCCAAGUAUUUGAACAGUGACACAAUUUUCAUAAUUUUGCUUCUGUUGAGCUGCUUUUCAUUUACUGAAGUCAAAACUGAAGGCAGAAAGUCUCAUAAACAAGCAGCAUCUGAAGGCGGCUGGAGUAAAAAGACCUGGCAAAGCAUCUCCAGGGAGGAAACUCAGCAUUUGGUGAUGUCCAUGGGUUCCAGACUUCAGGCAGUCAUCGACUGCAAUGGAUUUGCAUCCAAGUAUUAAAAAUAAUCCUAAUAUUUAUGACCGUUAGUUUGUCCAUUUACUUUUGAGCCUGUGAAAAUGGAGGGACUCUGUAAAAAUGGCUGUAAUUCCUAAACAGUUAAUGCAAUAUUUUUGUUAAACCCCUUGAAUUAAAGCUGGAAGUCUACACUUCAAUCAUAUCCAUAUUGCUUCAUUUCAAAUCCACUGUGCUGGAGUACGGAGGCAAAAUUACAAAAAUUGUGUCACUGUCCAAAUACUACUAAUAUGGACCCGACUGUAUUCAUCUAUUUAAAUUUUUUAUUUAUUUUUUUUUUGCAUGGUAGCCUUCUCUCGGUCAAGUCAGAGGUUACGUAUUAAAUUUAAACCUCGUUCCCUCUCCUUCCGUGCCAAUGAGGCCUAGUGAAGAAUUGCUGGCUGAUGUAUUUAUAUGAGCGAUGAC